UAGAACACUCACCCACGUGGUCACUGUCCGGGAGACAGACAGGAACGAGCACGCAUAGCCCUGCGCGGCCGCAAAGCAGCGAUGCCGCCCAAGCCCGGCGAGCCGCCCAAGCCGCCGCCGUCGGGGCGCAGCCCCAACAGCCUGAACCUUCCCAGUCCGCUCCCACCCGUACCCCAGCCAGGCCAUCACCAUUCCCCCGCGGCGGGCGGGCACCACCCUCCUCCUCACCACCGCCGCGCCAGAUCUGAGGUGGCCUUCCGCUUCCCGGCCAACGUGCUGGCCGGGAUCGCCGGCCCCGAGGACGAACUCUUCUCCACCUUCAUGGACACGGACAAGAUCGCCGGCACGUCGUCCUCGCCGCCGCGCUCCGCCAAGCACCGCCACAGCGCCUCGUUCGACGGGGGCGGCGGCGCUGGGAAGCACAAGGGUGGCGUCGGCGGGGUGUUCUCCGACGUGCUGGAGGCGAAGAAGGCCAUGUCCUCCGAGGAGCUCUCCGAGCUCGCGUUCGUCGACCCCAAGCGUGUCAAAAGAAUUAUAGCAAACAGACAGUCUGCAGCUCGAUCAAAGGAAAGAAAGGCUCGUUAUAUAACAGAAUUAGAGCGGAAGGUUCAAACUCUUCAGACCGAGGCUACUACUCUUUCGGCACAACUGACACUAUUUCAGAGAGACACAACGGGACUUUCUGCAGAAAACACCGAGCUCAAGAUAAGGCUGCAGGCCAUGGAGCAACAAGCUCAACUCCGUGAUGCUCUGAAUGAUGCACUGAAGCAGGAGGUGGAGAGGCUCAGGAUCGCCACAGGGGAGACGACAAAAUCCAAUGAAGCAUACGACAGGGGAAUGCAUCACGUCCCGUACAGCCCUUCCUUCUUCCAGCUCUCCGAGCAACACUCAGUUCAGCACCGUGCAAGUGUUCAUCAGUUGCCACCCCAAUUCCAACCACCUCAUCCCAGUGCCCCAGGCCACCAGAUGGCAUCCCACCCCAAUACCUUCCCGGAUAUGAUGCAGCAAGACUCGCUUGGGCGGCUACAGGGACUAGACAUCGGCAAAGGAUCGGUGCCUGUCAAGUCGGAGGCUGAUGAACCGUUGAAGUCAGAGGGCAGCUCCUUGUCUGCAAAUGAAAGCAAUAGCACCUUCUAAUUACAUACCAGAUUUUUUUUUGUUCAUAGUCUGACAUAUUUGAACUGCUUCUCUUGCCCCUCUAUGGUUAUUUUUUUAAUCCAUUUUUUUCUACUUAGGUGACAUUGUUUGGAUUCAUCAGCUGUGUGCUGUGUGUUGCCUCUAAGUUAGGGGGACUGGGUGACCGGUCUGUCUUCUUUGUUACCUUGUAGAUUUUUUAUAGGGAAACCCCAACUUAACCCGAGAGAAGCUUCAUAUAAAAUGGAAUCAUGGGGUUUCCAUUUGGAAACUUGUACAUUUUUUUUCUAUUCA